GUUGGCAGCCCAUAGAUCGAGCGGAAUUACGAAUUUAAACUGAUGUGUGUUUGCUCUAUGUAUGCAGUUUUGUGUUGAUGAGUUAAUUGUUAUUAUUGAUCUAAUCUUUGCAUCUUGGUUGGUCGUUACUUACUGUUUAUCCGCAAACGUAAAAUAUGUACGAGAUUUUUGGAAACGGGGAAGCAGUAACUGUUCGUAAGAAUAAUAGUAUUCCGAAGCCGCAUCUUAGCAGUUCUAUACCUAUCAAAGGUGAGCUAAAUCAGAAAUUGAGACCUCUGAGUUUAGGAAGCAGCAAAAUAGUUCUUGGCGAUGUCAGCAACAAAGUGAAAAAUACGCUUACAGCAGAUACUCAGUCCCAUCUGCGUUCCCUGUCACCUAACAAAUCAAUAAAGAAAACUUUGUUUUCUGAAGGUCUUAUCCAUGGUGGCCAUUCAGCGAAGGAAUCUGGUAUUCAAAUCAGUAGAAGGGACAAGUCUCCUAAGAAAGUAAAGACCCAGUUCACACCAAAGCCAACAGCCAAGAGUUCAACUCUUGGGGCAACAAAAGUUUCAAUAUUUGUAGAUACUUGGAAUGAUGGUUGUCAGGAACCAUCAGAUCCCGAAUUAGAUGAAGUAUUUCUUCCCAGUCAGAAUGAAUUGGAUACUUGUGACCUGGACGUAUCGCCACAGAAGAUCUAUGGGUGCUGUGAAGGAUGUGAGACACCAGAUGAUAGUGCUGGUGGUUGGUUGCUGGAACCUUUGUGGGAUAAUAAAGACGACCUUGCUAGGAUAAUUAAUCUGGAACCAAGCCCUGAGAUAGAACCAGACUUUCCAGGUGUUGAACAUUUCAGUGCACAAAAUCCAACAGAUGAAAAUAAUUUUGAUGAACUUUUUGAAGUGGAUGACCCUUGCUACCCAGAGCCACUCAUUGAUGAUGUCCCUUUGGCAGACUUGGAGUGGUGAAGUCUUUUAAAAACCUUAAUAUUAAAUUGAAUUAGUAGCUUUUAGUAAUCCCAACAAAAAAAAAAAAAAAAAAAAAUU